UGCCUGAGGAGCGGCACAUGUAAACUGAAGCCAAAAGUCCCCCCUGAGCUCAUGAGCGUGCGUGUGUGUGUGUGUGUGUGUGUGCGUGCGCGGGCUGCUGUGUGCCUAAUAGGAAAUAGUAAAAGCAGUGAGGCAGGUCAUUUUGGGAGCGAUUAUAUUCCAGCCCCGGUCACCGCGCACACGGAGAGCAGGAGAGGGGAGAGCACGGGGCGCGGCGGCGACGGCACCGGGAGAGCGGCGGAGAGGCACGGGCGGCGGCACCGGGAGCAGCGCCCCGCGCCCGCUCCCCGCCAGCCGCUGCCCCCUCCCCGAUGAGCUCCUACUUUGUCAACCCGCUCUACUCCAAGUACAAGGCGGCGGCGGCGGCGGCGGCGGCGGUGGCGGCGGGGGAGCCUCUGCCCGCCCCGUACUACGACUGUCACUUCGCGCCCGAGGUGAGCGGCCGCCACGCCGCCGCCGCCGCCGCUCUGCUCUACGGGACCGGCUUCCCGCAGCCCGGCGGGGCGGGGGGCGGCGGCGGCGCGGACUUUUACCAUCCGGCCGGGGGGAGCCCCGCGGCCGCCUACCAGCCGCCUCCUCCUCCCCCCGCCGCGCCUCCGCCUCCUGCCCCCUGCAGCGGGGUUACCUGUCACGGGGAGCCCGCUAAAUUUUACGGAUACGAUAACUUACAGAGACAGCAGAUUUUUACGACACAGCAAGAGGCCGAGCUGGUACAAUAUCCUGACUGUAAAUCGUCCAGUGCUAAUAUUGGCGAGGAACCAGACCACUUAAAUCAGAGCUCGUCUCCUGCUCAAAUGUUUCCCUGGAUGAGACCGCAAGCGCCCGGGAGGAGGAGAGGGCGGCAGACGUACAGCCGCUUCCAGACGCUGGAGCUGGAGAAGGAGUUUCUCUUUAACCCCUAUCUGACCAGGAAGAGACGAAUCGAGGUCUCUCACGCCCUGGGACUGACCGAGAGGCAGGUCAAAAUCUGGUUCCAGAACAGGAGGAUGAAGUGGAAAAAAGAAAACAACAAGGACAAAUUCCCCGCUUCCAAGCAGGAGGGAAAGGAAGGGGAGGCCAAAAAGGAAACACAUGAUCUGGAAGACGACAGAGCCGAAAGCCACACGAAUUAAAUUCAUUUUGCCCUAAAAGCUUUUGUGAAGGGCCAUCAGAAACGAGGAGCCCACGGCCGCCGCUCAGGGCCCGUCCCCGCCGUGUGCGUCCAGCGGGGUCGCGUCCCGCCCCAUUCCGCGCUGUGUUGGGUUCGGGUUUGGGUCUAACUGCAUCCGGAGCGAUCUCCAGAUGUCCGCUCGUCUGCUCCUCCUAGAAAUCUGAUAGCGAGUUUGCAGCAAUACAUUUAUAAUGAGAUAUAUAUAUAUAUAAAUAGAUACUAUUUUGUUUUUUACAAUAUUGAAAGACGGUGAUUGCGACAUACACUUCCUAAUGAUAAACGCCAGUAAGCCAGACAUGUACCAAUGCUUUAUUAAUCCAACAAGUGCACUUGUACUAUUCUAAUUCUUGUUAUUUUCUAAUCUCGAAUAAAUUAAAUAAAUUUAAUAAAUUCUGAAGAGCAAAUCUUAGAAAUAUAUAAAACUUUCUACUAUUGAAUUUUGAUUUAAAUAAACCAAAAUUAUUCAGAUAUAAAA